AUUCUCGAACGCAACCUAACUUAUUGCACCAGUGUAAUCCAGGUAGUUCUUUGAAAAAGAACCUGUUGUCUGAUCGUAAUGCGCAAUGGGACACUUGUUAAAUGGCAUAUCUUUUACAUUAAUUUGGAUUUUCACGGUUUCAUCAGCUGCUGCACAUUACUGUGUAUGGGGAUUAUGUGAAUCUUGGGAGUAUUGUUGUGAUGAGAAUAUAUGCUGUACCUAUGAUGAUUACAACGUAUGGAUUACAGUGAUAAUCAUAGCUGGAGUUGUAACUGGCAUGAUACUUGCUGGUGUAUGUCUUUACUAUAAUUUACAACGCGUCUAUAUUUACCUGCGUCAUAGAUAUUAUGGUGUUAACUCUAUUGCAAUACCUUCAGAAUUUGAAUCCGAUGUGAGAUCAAUAAAAAUGUCAUAUAAAUAAUAAAAUAUAUUUGAUCAACUUUAA